AUGACCUACAACCUAACAACCUCGACAUUCUCCUCAACCCUUCCAAACCUAAUCGAAACCUACCUCCCGUCAUCCCUACACCCAUUCUUCCUCCUCUCAUACCCUAUACAUUCCAAAACUCACUCGUUCUUACGUCUAACAUCAACAUCAAAUAACAGUGCGGUUGGACAGAUAUUAUAUGAUAAAGGAUAUAUAGAUAUUUAUUAUUCGAUAUCAUGGGCUAUCGUAUUUACUCUACUCCGAUCAUUCACCAUGAACUAUGUCUUUCAGCCUUUCGCAGGGUACAUACUAGAUAGGAACAGACGUAUAGAAUUGAAACAGAAGAAGAAACAGAAAAAGAUGAAAGGUUCAGACACGGAUGAAGAAGUAGAAGUAAAAGAGGAGAGUAAAAAAGAGAAGAGACAUAAGAAGCAUCUGGUGACUAGGUUUGCAGAACAGGGUUGGAGUAUGUUGUAUUGUACGGUGUUUUGGACAUUGGGGAUGUUCACACUCCACUCCGUUCCCUCUCCCACCUCCCCCGAACAACUAUGGGGCACCUACCCUUACACUCCUCUUCCCGCUCUGACCAAAUUCUACUACCUCGCUCAGCUGGGAUGGUGGUUCCACCAGAUCUACGUGAUCAACACUGAGAAAAGGAGGAAAGAUCAUUGGCAGAUGUUCGGUCAUCAUAUUUUGACUAUUACCUUGAUCGUCACGAGUUACAUAGCGAACUUCACUAGGAUAGGUGUUGUCAUUCAUGUUUUGAUGGAUUUCUGUGAUAUCUUUUUGCCUCUCGCCAAAAUGCUUCGAUACCUUUCCUACUCCCGCUCAUGCGACCUGACUUUCGUAAUCUUCCUAAUCUCAUGGUUAUUCUCCCGAGAAAUCGGUUUAUUCCUAGUCAUCAAAACGUCUUACCUCGACGCACCACGAUUCAUCCAAUUUAAAUGGUCUCCUUCGACUGGACAGUAUCUGACCUACAGGACGUAUCUGGGUUUCAUAGGGUUGGUGAGCCUUUUGUGGGUGUUGGCGAGUAUAUGGUUUUACAUGGCUGUCAAAGUCGCUGUGAAAGUCGUUAGAGGUCAGGGGGCCGAAGAUUCAAGGUCGGAUGAUGAGGAUGAGGAUGAACCGACCGAAGAUGCUGAUGGGGAGGUGUUGGAUGAUGUACCUCAGAUUGUAGGUACGACUGCGGAUGGGAUAGCAAAUGGACAUUCACAUUUGAAUGGAAAUGGAGAUGGGACGUUGAAGAAAAGGAAAUAA